UUGAUUUGCCGUGCCAAACCCGAGUGGCUUUUGGUCUUCCAAGACUUCAGCCACAGGUCUAAAAGGCCACUUUCAUGGGUCUUUAGUCUUCACACUACAAAACCAAAGACUAAUCAUCAAUAAAGUAAACUAUCCUAAGCCUUGGUUAAUAAGAUUCCAAUAGAAAAAAAUUGUAGGCAGGCAAAAUUUUUAGGAAUUAUUUGUAGAAAUCAGUAGCAAUGAUUGACAACAUUGCCUACGCUAGAGCCACCGUGUUGAAUACGAAGCUCGUCAGAAAUUAUCCUCAUUAUUCCAAUCAAAGAAAAGUUGCUGUCAUUUACCUCCCAUUCUACACUGUUGACUGCUGUGCCAAACCCGAGUGGUUUUUGGUCUUCCGAGACUUGAGCCACAGCUCAAAAAUGCUAUAAGUAAAUUCCAAAGCUAGAGAUUAAUAUCAUCACCUCUUCUAUUCUUGAUUGUAUGAGUGUUUCUUAUUACAACCUCCCGAUGAAAAUUCCAUUCUUUUCUUGGUUCUUCUUGAUACCAAUAUGCUCACUUUUUGUCAACUUUCCUGUCUUUGUGGUGUCUAGCCAAUGUCGUGGUGAUCAGCGAUCCUAUUUGCUCGAUAUGAAGAAAAACCUCUUAUUAUUUACUGAUUUGUCCACAAAACUGGUGCGUUGGAAUGAAAGUACUGAUUGUUGUUCGUGGGAGGGGGUCACUUGCAAUGGGGGACUUGUUGUUGGCCUCAACUUGGCCAGCGAAUCAAUCUCUGGCGGACUUGGCAAUUCAAAUAGCCUUUUCCGCUUGCAGUAUCUCCAAAACCUGAAUUUGGCUUAUAACAGAUUCCUCGGUUCUCCAAUUCCUCCAAAGUUUGGAAAUCUGAUGAAUUUGAGGUAUUUAAACCUAUCACAUGCUAGCUUUGGGGGGCAGAUUCCCAUUGAGAUUUCACGUCUCACAAGGUUGGUUUCUCUCGACUUGUCUGAUUAUAGUGGGCUGACACUUGAGAACCCAGAUUUAGCUUCGUUAGUUCACAACCUUACGUGGCUUACGGAACUUUAUUUGGAUGGUGUAAAUAUAUCAUCUCAAGGGAAUGAGUGGUGCCAGGCCGUAUCAUCUUCACUCCCAAAUCUAAGGGUGUUGAGCAUGUCAGGUUGUAAUCUUCAGGGGCCUCCGGAUUCCUCCUUACUCAAGCUUCAGUCUCUCUCAAUUAUUCAUCUCGAUGAUAACAAUUUUUCUGCUCCAGUUCCAGAAUUUUUUUCCUAUUUCAGAAAUUUAUCAUCCUUGUGUCUCAGUAACUGUGGAUUGAAUGGACAAUUUCCGAAAAAGAUCUUCCAGUUUCCAACAUUGGAGACGAUUGACUUAUCAUAUAAUGAACUUGGCGGUUCUUUGCCUGAAUUUCAUCCAAAUGGUUCUCUUCAGUCACUGGUGCUUACCAAUACAACCUUUUCAGGGACACUUCCUGAUUCUAUUGGCAACCUUAAAAGGUUGUCCAAAAUAGAUCUCUCAGGGUGCAACUUCUCUGGAUCUAUCCCAAAUUCCAUGGUAAAUCUUACUCAAUUGGUUCAUUUGGACUUAUCAAUAAACAGCUUCACUGGAUCUAUCCCAAAUUCCAUGGCAAAUCUUACUCAAUUGGUUCAUUUGGACUUAUCAUCAAACAGCUUCACCGGACCAGUUCCAACAUUCAACAUGGCAAAGAAUCUGGAGAAGAUAGAUCUUUCUGAUAAUCAUUUGACAGGUCAAUUUACUUUCAGUCACUGGAAAGAGCUUCCACGUCUAAUGGACCUUCGUUUGUCCAACAACAAAUUGUCCGGUCAAAUCCAUGAAUUUUCCAAUUUUUCCUCCCUGUUGGGUUACCUCGAUUUGAGUAGGAACUAUUUGGAAGGGCCCAUACCCACUUCUAUUGGUGAACUCCAAUAUCUUAGGAACGUAUUUCUUUCUUCAAAUAAUUUUAAUGGCUCCUUUAGCCUUAAUGUGUUUCAGCAGUGUAUAGAACUUGAUCUUUCUGACAAUAACUUGUUGAUUGAAUAUAAUGGAACGAAUUUUUCAUUAUAUCCUAUGGAGUCAUUGCGAUUGGCUUCUCUCAAGUUAAAAACAUUUCCUAGUUUCUUGAGAAACCAAACCAGUUUAAUCACUCUGGACCUUUCAAGUAACCAGAUACAUGGAGAGAUACCCAACUGGAUUUGGGAACUUGGCCUUUUUCUUUUAAAUCUCUCCUAUAACUACCUUGAAGGACCUCUACUCAAUAUUUCAUCAAUAGAUGUACUAGACCUUCGGUCUAACCAAUUCCAAGGGCAACUCCCAACUCCCUCACCCUCUUGUUUGUAUCUGGACUUGUCAUUGAAUAAUUUUAGCUCUGUUAUACCAGCUGGCAUUGGUAACUCUCUUUCUAGGACUAAAUUCUUAUCUCUUUCAAGCAAUAAACUCUAUGGGCAUAUCCCUAAAGCAAUAUGCAAUGCUAUAUCUCUUGAAAUUCUAGAUCUGUCUAAUAAUUCCUUGAGUGGCACAAUUCCCCACUGCCUCAUUGCAAUGAGUGAAACUCUAAAGAUUCUAAAUCUAAGGAGAAACAACCUCAUUGGCAAAAUAUCAGAUGUAUUUCCAAGCAAUUGUGGUUUACAAACUUUGAGUCUCAAUAGAAACCUACUAGAAGGGAUGGUACCAAGUUCUCUUGCCAAUUGCAUAAAUUUGGGGUUAUUGGACAUUGGGAACAACCGGAUACAAGAUGAGUUCCCAUGUCACUUGAAAGACAUAUCCAGUUUGCGCGUCCUUAUCUUGAGAUCAAACAAAUUUUAUGGUUCUGUUGGUUGUGGAGGGCUGAAUGCAACCUGGUCGAUACUUCAAAUUGUAGACCUUGCUUCAAAUAACUUUAGUGGUAAGUUAUCAAUAAAAUCCUUCGCUAACUCAAAGGCAAUGAUAGCUAAUAAUGAAGUCCAGUUACUCUAUUACCUCCAUUUUGUGGAUAGUGGAAUAACGUUAUUCUUUGAUGGAUUCCUAACAAGGUACUCAAACAUCAUGGAAGUGUAUUAUCAAGAUGCAAUAGCAAUUUUCAUUAAGGGUCUAGAGAGGGAAUUCGUGAAGAUUUUGUCUCUUCUGACUUCAAUUGACCUUUCAUGCAACAAUCUUGAUGGGCCAAUACCAGAAGAAAUAGAAGUACUUAAAUCGUUGUAUGCUCUCAACUUGUCACACAAUGCUUUCACAGGCCGAAUCCCACCAUCUCUAGGAAAAUUAAGUCAACUUGAGUCAUUGGACUUGUCAAGCAACAAGCUUACCGGUGGGAUACCUAUGCAACUUGCAGAUAGUCUCACUUUCCUAUCAGUCUUAAACCUUUCGUUUAAUCAAUUGGUUGGGCCAAUUCCAUAUAUCAAGCAAUUUGCAACAUUUUCAGAAGAUUCCUAUGAAGGGAACAAAGGAUUAUGUGGGCAACCUUUGAAGGCAGAAUGCGGACCUGCAGACAGAAGACCGCCAGCUCCAUUUGAAGAUACUCACUCAAAAUCCAGGCCUUUGAUUGACUGGAAUUACCUGUGUGUUGAACUGGGAUUUGUUUUCGGCUUUGGGAUGGUCAUUGGGCCGCUUGUGCUUUGGAAGAGGUGGAGGAUACGGUAUUACAAACACGCUGAUGACAUUUUUUUCAGGAUCUUUCCUCAGCUGUACCUUAGGUGGGAAAAAAACCAUCAAGUCCAACGACAUAGGAUUCGAAUGCAGAGGCACUAAUGUUUAUUCGAUGCGAGCUUUGUCAGUGGUCAGUGGAAGUUUUACUCCUCUCAAGCAAUUUCGUCACCUUGAUGUUCCAUGAUAUCAACAGAAAGGUUGCUUGGCUCUGUAACAUGUGAUGCAGAAUAACGUGUUGGAGUUGUUAAUUAUCCUUAGUUUAAUAAUUUUUCAUGCAACAGCUUUUUAUUUAUUACCUUUAUUAGUAUUGUUGUUAAAGUAAGGGACAUGAGAUUGUUGCCUAUACCAAGAAUGAAUUUCUGACUAUAUGGUGUGCAAUGAAUUUUCUGAAGUUGGGGAGCUUGUCCAUGUUUUCAUCUUUUGAUGAAAAGUACUGGUUUUCAGUAA